CCACUACCCACCCAUCACCUUCCCAGUUGGAAUCUGUCAGGUGCUUCACCAUCUGGGGGUUUGGGAUUCUCUGCCUCGUCCUCUCGUCAGUGUCUCACUGCUUGCUGCUGAGGGAGGCUCCAUAAUUAGGACCCUGGAGUCCAGGAACCGGAAAUGGGCUCCGUGUCCUUUGAAGACAUCGCUGUGGACUUCACCUGGGAUGAAUGGCAGGGUCUGGAUGCUGCUCAGAGGACCCUCUACAGGGACGUGAUGCUGGAGAACUACAGCAGUCUCCUGUUCCUGGGACAUUGCAUGUCGAAACCUGAUGUGAUCUUCAAGUUGGAGCGUGGAUUUGGGCCAUGGCCUGUGGUGGAAUCUUCUGUCUGCAGCCUUCCAGGUAUUCAUAAAGUGACUGUUCCAAUUGAGACCCACCAGGAACACAAGGGAUAUUUAUGGCAAGUUGAAAUUGCCAACAGUCAGACUUCAAAUGAGAAAAUUACUGAAACAGACCUGAAGAUGGUGGCACAGAAGAUCCAACAAGGGACAACAUUCUAUGAAGAUAAAGAAAGCAUGAAGGCAUUUAUCCAGCAGUCACAGCACAUGAGGAGCCCGAUGAGCUACACGUGUAAGAAAAGCGUCCGUUAUAAGUCGCCUCUCAAUAAAUGUCAGAAGCGUGUUUGUGAGGAGAUGGUGUCUACACACAGACAGCGCAGGAAGUCACACCCGACGGAACAGAGAAGCCAUGAAGGGGAGAAGACAUAUGAAAGCUCAAGAUGUGGGAAAACUUCCCACACCAAGUCUCAGCGUCAGAACACUCACAGAGAUGAGAAGCCCUACAAAUGUCUAGAAUGUGGGAAAUAUUUCUACUACAAGUCACAAAUCAUUGAGCAUCAAAGGAGUCAUACAGGUGAGAAGCCUUAUGAGUGUGCAGAAUGUGGAAAAUCUUUCAGCUAUAAAUCACAUCUCACUGUACAUCACAGAAGUCACACAGGGGAGACGCGUCAUGAAUGUUCACAAUGCAAAAAAGUUUUUUACUAUAAGUCUCAACUUACUCGACACCAGAGGAGUCAUACAGGGGAGAAGCCCUAUGAAUGUAUGAAAUGUGGAAAGUCUUUCUACUGUAACACACACCUUUCUCUACACCAGAGGAUUCAUGUAAGUGUGAAACCCUAUGCAUGUUCAGAGUGUGGGAAAACGUUCUCCUUCAGGGCAUGCCUCACUCGACACCAGAGGGUUCAUACAAAUGAAAAGCCCUAUGAAUGUACGCAGUGCCCCAAAGCUUUUUACUUCAAGAAGCAACUUACUCAUCAUGAGAAAACUCAUGCUACAGAGAAGCGCUUUGAAUGCAAACAAUGUGGCAAGGCAUUUUACUGGAGGGCCAACCUUACUGUGCAUCAGAAAACUCAUGGCGGGGAGAAACCCUUUGAAUGCAAGCAAUGUGGAAAAGCAUUUUACUGCAAAUCCCACCUCACUGUGCAUCAGAGAACUCAUAUAAGUGAAAAGCUCUAUCAGUGUUCACAGUGCAGGAAAGCAUUCUACUCUCAGACACAGCUUUCUGUACAUCAGAGAAUUCACACCGAUGAGAAGCCCUAUGAAUGUAAGCAAUGUGACAAAACAUUCUACAGCAAGUCUGGACUUACUGCACAUCAGAAAACUCAUACGGGCGAGAAGCCCUAUGAAUGUAAAGAGUGUGGGAAAGCUUUCUAUAACAGGUACCUGCUCAUUGAACAUCACAGAGUGCACACAGGUGAGAAGCCCUACCAGUGUGCAGAGUGCAAGAAAGCAUUCUACUGCAAAAAAUACCUUUCUCUCCAUCAGAAAACUCACGCAAGUGAGAAGUCAUUUCGUUGUGCAGAGUGUGGGAAAGCUUUCUCCUGGUUGUCACACCUCACUCAACAUCAGAGAAUCCACACAGGUGAAAAGCCCUAUGCAUGUGAACACUGUAGGAAGACUUUCUACUUCAAGAAACAAUUAACUCGACAUGAAAGAACACAUGAGAAGGCAUGAGGUGUAAAUAGUGCAGGAGACCAUUUCAGUGCAAAUGCAACCUUCCUGUAUAUGAAAGAGCGCAAACAAGGGAGAGACGCUGUGGUGAGAAGGUUUCCUCCCUCAUGGAUACCUUACUCCAAGUCAGAAGAGAAAGCCUGACUGAAAAGAAUGUAUGAACUCUUAAGUGUAUAAUUAGAAAGCUUGUGAGUGGAAAUGAUUAAGGUAAGAACUGUGGACAUUUUCUAGUGUGAGUCAGGUGUUACUCAGCCAAUGAACAUAUACUGGAGUCUGUCUGCACACAUUGUUGGAAGGCAUGUACCACAUGUACUGUCUGUAAGAAUUCAUGCAUGGGGCUGUCUCCUGUGAAGUUGGAAUCUAUACACUAUAUACUUUCUUAUUCUUCAGAUGACUUGAGUAUAUUGUGGGUGAGUGACACAGAAUGUAAAGAGCAGGGGAGAGCUUUCUAACUUUAAGUUCCAUCAGUUCACCCUGAAAGCUUUUACAGGUGUGGGCCCCCGUGAAAUUAAUGGAAAUAGACACAUUUUUGAGACAAAAUGGGGCCUCUGCAUUAGCAACUCCUCAUGUGAUCUGCCAAGCAGAACAAAAAGCAUAGUGAGAUGUAUUACUUCAUGCCUUCAGUUCUAGGUCCUGCUGCUGCAGGCUUCCUGCAACUCAGUGAUUGAAGAGUGAACUUAGCAACCAACAUAGGCAGGUUCCAUUUGACAAAAAGCAGAAAAGCUGUCUUGAAGUUCCCUGUGUCAGAUGAUGACAUUGUAACCUAUGUGUUCAAAACCCUAUGAAUCCAGAAAGUACCAAACUUUUGAAGUGAACUUGAAAUCUAUCUGGCAUCAGAAACCCAACAGACUUUGAUUAAACAGAGGAUUCUACUAUGAAAACAUACUUCAGUAUUUCAUGUGACUUUUUUUUACAAGUAUUCACCAAGUAUUCUUAGUGU